AUGAGGGAGCAACAACAUGGCGUUUUAGUCUUGCUACUGCUCUUGCCCAAUAUAGUAGUGACCAUCGAGGGAAAACAUGUAAUCCCCAAAAAGGGCGUAGUGGUGACCAAUGAAGUGGAAGGAGAGCGAGAACUAACGAUACACUGCAAGUCCAGAGUGGACGACCUUGGCCUGCAUGAGUUGAAGCCGCGCCAGAGCUAUGCGUGGACGUUCUAUCCAAGCUUCUGGACAUUUCCGUUAUACUGCACCAUGGAUUGGGGAGAAGGUGCUCGUUAUUUUGACAUGUACAUCUACCGGAAAAAGGGAUGCGAUAUCUGCCGAUAUUUCAUCAGAAAGAGAGGGCCAUGUUUGGCCAAUAAGAACACUGAAACGUGUUACGACUGGAUCGAAUAG